AUGGCUCACAGAAGAAUCUCAUCGGCUGAAAAGGGAAAAGGUUUGGAACUGGUGCAACAACAACCGGCGCGCUCUGCUCGCGUUAAAGUCCCUCUCCCUGACAACUCAGAUCUGCUCCGCAAGCACUCGCUCACUCUUAUUGGACGAGUUACAAACAAGUCAGCUCAAAAGGUGUGGUCUUUGAUCCCCUUCUUCACUGAGCACUGGAAAACGGAGUUCAAACCUGUGGGCUCUGACCUCGGCAACGGAAUGUUCCAGUUCCAAUUCGAGCUUGAGUCCGAUUUGCUAUCAGUACUAGAGCAACGGCCGUAUCAUUACGCCCGAUGGAUGAUAAUUGUACAGAGAUGGGAACAAACAAUAUCUCCCACUUUCCCUUCCCUAAUACCGUUCUGGAUCAAAGUGCAAGGGCUUCCGGUCCACUUAUGGACUGAACCUACUAUAAAGUGUGUUGGGAAGGACAUCAGUAUCUAUGAAAAAUCAGAGAUUUCUCCUCUGACGGUGAGAAUGAGAGUCCACAUUGAUGGGCUUCUUCCCCUUAUUAAACACUCGGUUGUGGAGUACCCAAAUGGAGAUGAGGUCCCUGUUACUUUGGUCUAUGAGCGCCUGGACAAACAUUGCACUAAAUGCCUGCGACUGGAUCACGAACUUAAAGAAUGCCUAAUGGCUAGAGCAGAAGAAAAAGCUGCAAUCGCAGAACGUGAAGGCUCAGAAAAGAGCAGGAGCUACCUCAGCUAA